UUGGAUUUUACUGCAAUAUUAUUCUUGAACUUGGAGGAGGAAAAAACUCAAACCUCCUUGUGUUGUUCAAACAACAUAUUCAUUGCAGCAAUAUGUCGCCCUAUAGAUGCUAGAAUACUUCAUAAACUUAGAUAUACAAACCAUUUGAAUCUAAAAGGACAUCAUCUGAAAUAUGAACACUUUUUCUGAUAAUUGUUUUUUUAGAACUACGCAGGAAGUACCACUUCAAUUCACCAGCUUCACAAUACAGACUCCAUCUUCUAAGCUCCAAACCUCCAACACCAUCCACAUUUAUCAGUACCACUUCUUGGCCAUGUUCUGCUUCCUGCUGGUGAAAAUGCCUUUCACAAAGCUGCAGCAUCUCCUCUCAUGGAAUGUGCCUGUCCCAUAGCCACUAGGUAGCUGGGCAGGGUCGUUUUCUAGAGGUGUGUUGUAAGUGCUGUUGCGAGUUCAGGGAGGUCUGCUCCUCCCUUUGUACGUGGUGUUUUUCCAUCUUAAUGAAAUGACACGUAGCUCUCAUGCGUUGUUCAAAAAAUAUGCAGCGCCAACCCUUUCGGUACCUCUGCUUCAAGUUCCAGCAUCUCCUUGUUCUCCAGUGAUCGAAGACCUGUCCAGUGCAAAAAAAAGAUAGAACAAGUAGAAACUAAAAUAAUAAUUGAGGUAAAAAACUUUGCCGAUGAAACAUCAGAGUUUGUGAAAGGCAGAAAGCUAGAUUUGAUGAGGAAUAGAGUACUACGGUACUACCUGAGAUGCUAAUGCAUUAUUGACCAUGUGAAAUUUUAUCAAUUUUUCAUCACAAGUGAUAAUAAACAUUGGCCAGGAGGGUUGCUUAUGGAUAAUUAACGAAAUGGCAGUCUUCUUGGAUCGUGUACUUUUUUUCUCGAACACGCAGGAGAGCUGUGCAUCAUUUAAUUAAAGGGAGAAAAGGUCCAAAAUGGACUAAGGUACAAAGCCUAAAAAGGCAGGGAAAACACACCCACUAACCACCUGCCCUGCAACAAUGUUCCAGCCUCCUCCAAAGCUGAAAAGAACAGCAGGAAAUACACAAGAGGCAACAGCACAAAAAACUGCAGGCAGACCCCACUCGCCACCAACACUACGCAACAAGAGUCGCCCUGACCAUAUUAAGGGCAGCAUCUAGGCCUAAAUUCUCUAGAUGUUUAGCUCCAGCUUGGUUCCAGCACACCAUCUCAUUUAUUUGAAAGAAGAGCAUCAGCUAGGCCUAAAUUCUCUUGGAUCGUGUACUAAUCAGUCUGUUUAGUUGAAAGAAGAGCAGUUAUUGCUUCUUCAGGCCAACUGUGCACAACAUGCACCUCAAAGGAGCAUCAGAUACACAGCAGUUUGAGUCAUUGUCCAAAAUUGUGGAUAGACGUUGCACACCUUGGCAAUAAAAUCUCAUCUGUACGUGUCAUGCUAAUAUCUAUUGUUUAUACUUUGAAAUAUCUUCACUUUUACUCAUGUUGGACGAUAGCAAUAGCCUCCUCAGCUAUAUAAAUGGAUCUCGUAGCCAACUAUUUUACAAGCAAGGUGACCAACCAGUUGCAUAUGCAUUUUGUGCCUACUCUACCUUUAAGGCAUUCAUUUAUAAAUGGAGUAUUCUAAUUUGCAGCAGCAGGCAGCGUCCUUGAAAAAGAACCUCUUUGAUCAGGGAUACUUGGAUGAGCAAUUUUGUCAGAUUGAGGACUUGCAGGAUGAAGCAAGCCCUAAUUUUACAGAAGAAGUUGUUUCCCUGUUCUUCAAGAACUCAACCAGGCUAAUGACAAAUAUUGAGCAAGCUAUCAUCGGUGCUUGCAGGAUGAAGAACGAGUGCACCUCAUUCAGAAAUAGAUGUGGAGACGAGAACGUUGAAGGUUGUAUGAGGUCCUUCCAGAACCUGAAGAGGGAGCAUGGAGUCCUCAGGCAGAAGCUGGAAUCCUACUUCCAGCUGCUGCGACAAGCCGGUCCUGCCGUGACUGCAACCAGGCCUAGAGGCAUGUAAGGAACGGCUGUUGGCGUGCAGGGAGCAGUGCAAGGGACAGACAGCGUCAUAGCGAUGCUCCACUACGCCAUUGUUGAGGCUAGCUGUAACGAUGGGCCACGAAUAAGAAGUUUGCCUAUGGCCUGUGGGGGAGUUCCCUGCGGGUUUUAAAGUGUAACACCCUUCAUAAUCGAUGCCUUAAGCUGGUGCUGCCGAGUGCCGACUAGCUAGGCCGGCAUGUAAGAGCAGCCUAGACUGAUGUUGAUGUGGUCUGGCAGACGUCCUGUGCUGUGCCUGCCUCUGUAUUUCGGUCAAAUAAAUAAACUAGAUGGAGUUUGCAUGUUUGCAUCAUGGGAUCUCUGUUUUUUCGCA